GGCAUUUAGAGCCUUUCCCAGUUCAACCAGACUCUGGGUCCUGGUGUAAUUGGUGAGCUCUAGGGCAGCAAGUGUGAGAAGGAGAACCAUUUAGAGAUGCCAGAGGGCCCAUCAGUGAGGAAGUUCCAGCUGCUGACCUCACGUUUUGUGGGGCAAGUGGUGGCCAAGGUGGGGGGAAGCAGCAAGAAGAUUAAUGUGAAUGACCUGAAUGCCUUGAGGCUCCAGGAUUCCCAGGUCCAUGGGAAGAACUUAUUCCUAGCAUUUGUGGCAGCCAGUUCUCCCUUAGGACCAAGCGUGGAGGAGACUGUGCUGCAAAAACAGGCUGUUGCAGCAUCUAGUUCCUUUGUUCAGGGAAAACAAGAGCAGGUUUGCACUCAAUCGACUCCUCCCCAGGAAGAAGAGCUGCAGGAACUGCAGGACUCCAGAGCUGAUGCCCCAAGUGCAGCAGGGGAGCUGGGAGGCAGUUGGCUGCGCUUCCACUUUGGCUUGUUUGGCAGCAUUCGGGCAAAUGAGUUCUCAAGAGCAAGCAGAGCCAAUAAGAGGGGGGACUGGAAGGACCCUACACCCAGGCUGGUGCUGUAUUUUGAGAGUGGAGGCUUCCUUGCUUUCUACAACUGCCGAAUGCACUGGUGCUCAUCUCCAGUGGCUGAUCCCACUUCUGACAUCCUGUCUGCAGAGUUCCACCGUGGCCGGGCAUUGGAUGCCCUCCGCACAUCCCAUCCCGUCUGCUACACCCUCUUGGACCAGAGAUACUUCUCAGGGCUGGGCAACAUCAUUAAGAACGAAGUCCUGUACCUAACUAAGAUCCAUCCUUUAACACAAGGAUCUCUCUUGGCUCAAUCGGAUCUGGAGCACCUGCUUGAUUGUGCCAUCAGGUUCACCUCCGACUGGCUGCAGAGCAAGCUGCAAGGCAAAGGGCUGCACCUACACAUCUAUCAGAAGGAGCAGUGUCCUCUUGGGCACAAGGUGAUGAAAGCAGCCCUAGGAGCCCCGGGUGGCUGGAAGAGGCUGACAUGGUGGUGUCCUGAGUGCCAGCCUGCUGUGCUGUCAGGGGGUGGGGAUCUGGCUCUGGGUGAUGAGUGACGUGGCUGUGUUCCUGUCUUUCUCUAAGGUCUUGUGU